GCACGCGCGGCGAGGCCACGCCCACGGUGGGCGGGGCUUUGCGCGCGGCGGCGGCGGGAAGCGGCGCGGAGAUGCUUUCGCAGCUCUUCAUCCUCAGCUCCAAGGGGGAUCUCCUGAUCCACCGGGACUUCCGGGGGGGCUCCCCCGUUCCCGUCCCGGAGUUUUUCCGCCAUGGGGUGGAGCAGCCCCCGCCCUUCCAGAGCCUCGGGGGGCUCCACUUCGCCCACGUCAGGCACGGGGGGCUUUUCUUCGGGGCCAGCACCGAGGGCGACGCCUCCCCCUUCACCAUCAUCGAGUUCCUCAACAGGCUGGUGACGCUGCUCCGGGAUUUCUGCGGCCCCCUGAGCGAGAAAAGUCUGGGAAUGAACCUGGCGCUGGUCGGGGAGCUGCUGGAGGAACUGGUGGAUUUCGGGCACAUCCAGACGACGACCCCCGAGGUCCUGCGGAGUCUGGUGCAGUCGGAGCCGGAGGUGCCCAAACCCUUCAGCCUCCUGGAUUUGGGCUCCGUGGGGCUGUUCGGGGCGGAGACGCAGCAGAGCCGAGUGGCGCCGGGGGCGGCGGCCGCCAGACCCCUUCCCCCCGCCCGGGGGGACCAGCCGCCCAGGCCCGAGCUCUUCGUGGACGUCCUCGAGCGACUCUCAGUCGUCAUCGCCGCCAACGGCUCCCCCCUGAAGGUCGAGGUGCAGGGCGAGAUCCGCCUCAAGUCCUUCCUGCCCCCCGGCACCGAGCUGCGGAUCGGCCUCACGGAGGAAUUUUGUGUGGGAAAAUCGGAGCUGAGGGGGUACGGCACGCCGGUGCGGGUGGACGAGUGCAGCUUCCACAGCAGCGUCAGCCUGGCCGAGUUCGGCUCCGGACGCGUCCUCAGCCUGCGGCCCGAGCCCGGAGAGAUGACGCUGAUGCAGUACCAGGUGCAGGACGAGAUCCCGGCGCCGCUCCCGUUCCGCCUCUUCCCCACCGCCCGCGCGCAGCCCCCCAACAGGAUCCACCUUUAUUUGAAGCUCCGCUGCGACCUCCCCCCUAAAAGCCAAGCCAUCAACGUCUGCCUGCAGCUCCCGGUGCCCAAAGGCGUCUCCAGCCUCUCGCAGGAGCUGAGCAGCCCCGACCAAUCGGCCGAGUUGGAUUUGGGCUCCCGGAGCAUCCGCUGGGAAAUUCCCAAAAUCCAGGGCGGCUCCCAGCUCUCGGCUCUGUUCAAGGUACCGGAGCUGCAGCCAACACUAUGUACUGCGGCUGUGACAGAAUUCCAUGGAAAAUCCCGGAAUUCCAUGGGAAAUCACGGGUCUGGUACCGGAGCUGCAGCGAACACUAUGUACUGAGAUUGUGACAGAAUUCCAGGGAAAAUCCCGGAAUUCCAGAGAGUUCCACAGCCGAAACUACGUACUGAGACUGUGAGCAUGAAAAAUCCCGGAAAAUCCCGGAAUUCCAUGGAAAAUCACGGGUCCGGUACCGCAGCUGCAGCCAACACUAUGUACUGAGAUUGUGAGCUGAGAAUUCCAUGGAAAAUCCCAGGAAUUCCAUGGGAAAUCCCAGGUCAGGUACCGGAGCUGCAGCCAACACUAUGUACUGAGAUUGUGACGGAAUUCCAGGGAAAAUCCCAGAAAAUCCAUGGGAAAAUCCCGGAAUUCCAGAGAGUUCCACAGCCGAAACUACGUACUGAGACUGUGAGCAUGGAAAAUCCCGGGAAUUCCAUGGGAAAUCCAUGGGAAAUCCAUGGGAAAUCCCGGGUCUGGUACCGCAGCUGCAGCCAACACUAUGUCCUGCGGCUCUGACAGAGGGAAUUCCAGGGAAUUCCAUGGGAAAUCACAGGAAAUCCAUGGGAAAUCACGGGUCCGGUACCGCAGCUGCAGCCAACACUAUGUCCUCAGACUGUGAGCCAAGAAUUCCAUGGAAAAUCCCGGAAAAUCCAUGGGAAUUCCAUGGGAAAUACCGGGUCCGGUACCACAGCUCCAGCCAGCACUAUGUACUGAGGUUGUGAGCAUGGAAUUCCUGGGAAAAUCACGGAAAAUCCAUGGAAAAUCACGGAAUUCCGGAGAGUUCCACAUCCGCCACUAUGUCCUGAGAUUGUGACACGGAAAAUCCCAGAAAAUCCAUGGAAAAUCCAUGGAAAAUCACGGGUCAGAUAUCACAGCUCCAGCCGACACUACGUACUGAGGCUGUGACAGAAUUCCAUGGAAAAUCCAUGGAAAAUCCCGGAAUUCCAGACAAUUCCACAGCCACCACUACGUCCUGAGACUGUGAGCCGGAAUUCCAGAGAAAUCAUGGAAUUCCGGAGAGAAUUCCAGAGAAUUCCGCAGCCGCCACUACGUCCUGCGCCUCUGACGGAAG